AAGAGCUGAUUACAAACUGUGAUCUGAUUUUCUACUCACAAUUAAAUCGGGUGAAUGGAAAGAGCUUGGAUCUUGUGAUCAAGGUACUUUGGCUGAUUUCCCAAGGCGAAUGAAGGAAUGGCUUUAUACAAUCAUGAGCAAGAAAUAUCCAAAGCCCGCUGAUCACGAGAAGGACAAUUAUCACCAUGGUUGGAUUAAUGCGAUCAUCUGGAAGUUUUGUGAUUUAGACACUGAACCUCAUGAUAGGAAAGUCUCUCGACAUGAACUGUUUCCACUUCGAGCACCUUUAUUAUCAAUGGAACCUUGUAUUGGUCGAUUUUUGGACUCGUGUGACCCUAACGAUGAUCAUUUGGUGACCUUAGCUGAAUGGGGUAACUAUUUGGGCGUUGAAAAAGUAACGGAAAAAAAGAUCGACGAGAUCAUAAACAAUUAA